UAACCCAACUUCAACCCACAAGAUCGUGGCACAGCGCAAAACCACUCGGGUUGUCAUUUAAGUGAUAAUGAAUAUUGUUAAGGCUAUUAAAAAUGCAAUAGUUUGUCUCGUCCUGCUGCCCCGUUUUCUGGUGGCAGCUGUCAUGUUUUGGCUGCUGGACUUUUUAUGCAUAAGGAAAAGGGUUUUCUUCAGGAUGAAGGAGCAGGAGGGCGAUGCCAUCGACCCUCCUCUGUGCAUAUCGGACUCCAAUCGUCUCUUCAGCUUUGAGUCCCUUAAGGCAGUCUGGCACGGUCAUAAACUGGACUUUCUGAAAGCAGCGCAUCUCGGACACAGAGCGCCCAACACCGAAGUGGUUCAGCUGGAGGAUCAGCGGCGCAGUCGCAUCCUCGAUUACGCAAAGGACAAGAGACCGCUCAUCCUCAACUUUGGCAGCUGCACCUGACCACCGUUCAUGGCGCGUCUGAAGGCUUUCCAGGGAGUUGUGCAGCAGAAUGCAGACAUAGCAGACUCUAUAGUUUUGUACAUCGAGGAAGCACACCCCUCCGACGGCUGGAUGAGCACUGACGCGCCCUACCAGAUUCCCAAGCACCGGUGCCUGGAGGACCGACUGAAAGCUGCGCAGCUGAUGCAUCUGGAGGUUCCCGGCUGCCUCGUUGUGGUCGACAGCAUGGAAAACUCCUCCAACGCUGCGUACGGAGCUUAUUUCGACAGACUUUAUAUACUGCAGGAGGGAAAGAUAGUUUACCAGGGUGGCAGAGGACCUGAGGGGUAUCGGAUCUCAGAGCUCAGAGACUGGCUGGAUCAAUACAGAGAAAGGCUGGUAAAACCCAAUAAACUAGUCAUUAAUGUGUAGAUUAAUUUUGAUCCUUUUAGAGUUGCUGUUAAAAAUAAAAGUCAUACAAAAAUUCUGCACAUUCUCAGUAUUAUAACUUCAGUUAGAUGCAUUUCUCUGUCAAUAAUGGUUGUAUUUAUUUUUUAUAUGGUUGGAUCAAAGUAAUUUGUUCACCAUUGUAGGAUGUACUGCAGUAGUCUCCUUCCUUUUAAUAUUGGGCAUUUAUACAUCCUGUUAGCAUCACAAAGGUUAGUCUGUUUGGACCUCUCUUUUUUUUGUUUGUGAACAAAAGUAUUAACAUUUGUCAAAAGUUUUGUUUUUAUUGCUUUAUUCUUGUGUAAAUGCGCCUGUAAGGAAUCAGUCAGGGUGGUGAGCAGUGCGCAUCUCUGUGCUCCUCAGUAUUGUUGUGAAGUUCGGUUUUGAAACGGUUUGAAUCCAGAGAACCGAUACUGAUGUAUUUCAUACUGAAGAUCACAGUGAAGGUGUUGCUCUCUGCUCAGCA